AGCACAUCGGUCGGCUUCUCGUAGUCAACAGCAAAACAGGGGUCGCCGGAGCACAGCACAGGGAUAGGGAUGAGUGCUGCGACGCCCGUUACAGUCCCGUGCAAAUAUCUUACGGGGAAAACUCUUGGCACAGGAACGUACGCAGUGGUUAGAGAGUGCGUGCACAUUGACACAAACCGCUACUAUGCGGCCAAGGUUAUCAAUAAAAAGCUCAUGGCCGGCCGAGAGCAUAUGAUCCGGAACGAAAUCGCUGUGUUGAAGCGCAUAUCGCAGGGUCAUCGCAACAUACUGACGCUGGUGGACUUCUUCGAAACGCAGAAUAAUCUCUAUCUGAUCACGGACUUGGCUUUUGGCGGAGAGCUCUUCGACCGGAUCUGUAAAAAAGGGUCCUAUUAUGAGUCUGAUGCCGUCGAGAUUGUCAAGACUACACUCUCGGCUGUUUGCUACUUGCAUCAGAAUGGUAUUGUGCACCGGGACCUGAAGCCUGAGAAUCUACUGUUCAGAUCACCGGCUGAGGACUCUGACCUUCUACUCGCCGACUUUGGGCUUUCGCGCAUCAUUGACGAAGAGCAGAUGCACGUUUUGACUACCACUUGUGGAACUCCAGGAUACAUGGCACCUGAAAUAUUCAAAAAGAAUGGUCACGGGAAGCCGGUGGACAUGUGGGCUCUCGGAGUCAUCACGUACUUCCUGCUUUGUGGAUACACCCCUUUCGACCGCGAUACCUCAGUGGAGGAAAUGAAGGCUAUCAUGGAAGGAGAUUACGCAUUUGAGCCGGAAGAGUACUGGGAAGAUAUCUCUGAGCAUGCCAAGGACUUUAUAAAUCAGUGCCUGACGGUUAAUCCGGCGAAUCGUUUGGCAUCUGCAAAAGCCGCGCAACAUCGCUUCUUGACACAAGAAUUCGACAAGGCGAAGGCUGACCUACUCCCAGCUGUGAGAAAGAAUUUCAAUGCGAGGAAGACAUUCAAUGCGGCCAUCACAGCCGUUAAGGCGAUGAACAGCAUGAAGAACGGUGGCGCCAUGAAUGGUAUUCUCAGUCUCAGUCCGCAAGCUGCGAAACCAGUGCCUCUCAAUCCGGAAUGCCCCUUGGAUCCUGUCGGAGCAGCUAGCCGGAGGGCGAGCACGCGCAGCAAUCAAGGCAAUGCUACCAACAGCAGCACUGGCUUAUGGAGCAGAACGUCAGGGUAGUCUUAUCUCGUAUGCUGUG